UCAGUUUACUGAAUGCGUGAGAAUCAAUGCAUGCUGGGUGAGGGAUGUUUUCGCAACUGGAGUAACAGGUGGUGGACUUUCAAAAUAUCAGAAUUUUCUUAAUUUGUCCCAAAUGUUUGUAAACACUUUUAAACCACCACUCAGCUACGUUCUCUAAUGACAACAAUAAAUGGGAAACGCAAAUGAAAAAACUCUAUCCUGCUAUGGUCAGACAAGAAACGAAGUCAACAAGCGACGUCAAGAUUUUAGUCAGUUCAGUUUGACUACUUUGACGAAUAACUGGAGUGGUCGUUCGUUUAUUAGUGGUGUUAGUCAGCAGUCUGCGUACAGUGUUUCAAGACCGUGGUCCCGAGUUUCAAGGAGGAGGUGGAAAGAAUCAACUUUAAAUAAUCCUUAUCACAUAGCCAAAACUACAUGGCCUGUACCAUACAUAGAAGCCAUUUUUCUACCGGACUUUAACAUUAAGGGUCCAGUUACGGAAUUAAAUUUUCAGGUUGUUAAUCCAAUUUCACAUGGCGCAUUUGGGGUGGUUUUCCAUGUAAAGAAAGCUGAUACUGGAAAUGAUUAUGCUAUGAAAAUCUUAUCAAAAUCUAAGAUUAUUGCUGAGAGUGCUGUACAACAAGUGAAGGAUGAAGCAAGAAUCCAAUCAACUUGUGGACAUAACCCAUUUAUUGUCAACUGUCCAUUCUAUUGGCAAAGUAGAAAACAGCUAUUCAUUGUUAGUGACUAUGUCAGUGGUGGGGAACUUUUAGACCUCUGCAAACACCACACAGUUUUACCAGAAAACUUGGUCCAAAUUUACACUGCAGAGCUAGCUCUUGCAUUAGACUUCUUGCACAAUGCAGGUGUGAUAUAUCGUGAUCUCAAAAUGGAGAAUGUCCUGCUUGAUUCCGAUGGACACUGCCAAUUGAUAGAUUUUGGACUUGCAAAGUGGUUGCGACAUGGGGACCGAACAACAACUAUAUGUGGCACAUUACAAUAUAUUGCCCCAGAGGUCCUCAGCCAAGAACCAUAUGGACAUGCAGUGGACUGGUGGUCUCUUGGAGUUCUAGCCUGCUGUAUGCUUUGUGGAGAGUUCCCCGAGGCCGCGGUGGACCUGCGUGGGGGCGGCGCUGAGGCAGGGGACGGCGCUACGCCCGCCCCAAGGGCUUCCCCGGCGGCGGGCAGCCUCCCCCCGGCGAUGGACCGCUGCUCGCCGGCAGCCAGGGACAUGCUCGGCCGCCUCCUGGAGCGAGACCCCCGGCGCCGGCUGCGCACCCUGCACGCCCUGCAGACCAUCGCCUUCUUCUUCCAGUUCAACUUUGCGGACGUGCGGUCCAUGAAGGUCUGCCCCAGGGACCUGCUGCCAAAGGUAGCACCCGAUCGCUCGGCCGCGACUUCCACCGGCGACGUGGACCCGAUGUUCGAAGGCUUUGACAGCGUCGCACCUAUUUACGUCUAGUUAAAAAUAACAGUCGAAAUGAGUUUUCUCUCUUAACUUUCCAUUUUUUACUUCUUGGGCUAUCUCUUUCACUGUUUUAUUGAACAGUUCUGCAACGAAUUCCGUCCAUUUUUGACACUAGAAUUUAGUUUGUUGAGGUUACGGGUAUGUGAGAUUAUUUUUUUUGUUGAGUCUUUAUGAAUUUUACUAGAGAUGAGAACUUGAACCGUUCUUUAGCACUGAGUCAUUUUCUGCUGUGAAAAAAUAAAGUGAUCUUAUUUAUAGUGUGA